AUGUCGAAAACUCGCCGUAACGUCAGGUUUACUCGCCGGAACAAUGGUGAGCGCCGUCUGAGCGUUUCCUCCGACGUCAGCGACGCCCCUUCAGAGCCCGCGAGCCCCAGCAAAAAUGGCAACGGCUCCAAACCCGCAACGAUCGUCGAAGAGCCGCCCCAGUCCGACUACGAGAAGAAGAAGCAGACAUUCAUUACCCGGACGAUAUGGACCUUCGUGAUGAUCGCCGGUUUCUUCGUCGCGCUGUUCUCCGGACACAUCUAUAUUAUCGCUCUCAUCACCGGAAUUCAGAUCAUCUCCUUCAAGGAAGUUAUCGCCAUCGCCAACAUCCCUAACAAGGAAAAGAACUUGCGCUUCACCAAGUCGUUGAAUUGGUACUUUUUGGCGACGACAAUGUACUUCUUGUACGGAGAGAGCGUCAUCUACUACUUCAAGCACAUUCUGUUGGUUGACAAGGUGUUGCUGCCACUUGCGAACCACCACCGAUUCAUCAGUUUCACCCUUUACGUCAUGGGCUUCGUCUUCUUUGUCGGAUCCCUGCAAAAGGGCCACUACCGAUUCCAGUUCACGCAGUUCGCCUGGACCCACAUGGCUCUGUACCUGAUUGUGGUGCAAGCUCACUUCGUGAUGAACAACAUCUUCGAGGGCAUGAUCUGGUUCUUCCUUCCGGCUGCGCUUGUCAUCACGAACGAUAUUUUCGCCUAUGUCUGCGGAAUUACCUUUGGGCGCACACAACUUAUCCAGCUUUCCCCGAAGAAGACCGUUGAGGGUUUCGUUGGCGCGUGGGUGUGCACUGUUGGCUUCGGAUACUUCAUGACCAAGUUCCUCAUGCGCUACAAGUACUUCAUCUGCCCCGUUAACGACUUGGGCGCAAAUGCCUUGACCGGCUUGGAAUGUGUGCCGAACGCAGUCUUCACCUCCCAACCCUACUCUCUUGAGUUCUUUGGACUGGACCACACUUUCUGGAUGGAGCCCAUUCAGUUCCACAUUUUGGCUUUUGCCACUUUUGCUUCUCUGAUCGCUCCGUUUGGUGGUUUCUUCGCAUCCGGCCUUAAGCGCACCUUCAAGAUUAAGGACUUCGGCGAGUCUAUUCCCGGCCACGGUGGUAUCACCGAUCGCAUGGACUGCCAGUUCAUCAUGGGCUUCUUCUCCUUCAUGUACUACCACAGCUUCAUUGCUGUCUACAAGGCCAGCGUGGGAGACAUCAUUGAGACUGCAAUCAAUGGUCUUACUGUUGACGAACAGCUGGAAGUUGUCCGUGGUUUGGGCAAGUACUUGUACAACCAAGGUGCUGUCUCAGAGUCGAUUCUGGAAUGUCUUGUCACUGAGCUCAAGCGCCGAUGA